UCGAUCAGAGCUGUCUGAUCAGAGAUCGAGAGCUAGUUGGUUGAAUUGGAUGUGGUCACAUGGUAAAUCUUCAACAUCCAAAAAUGAGAUUUUGAGCGAGUUGGAACCGCUCGUGGUGGUGGCCUCGGCGGUGCCGGUGACGGUGGGAGUAACAGUGUAAAUGUGGUUAUGUGGGUUUUUCCUUUCUGGAGACUAUGGCGAAGAAUAAUCUCUUAAAGGUAUCAACCAACGACCUCAGUGUUAAGAUGUCCAUGUCCACAACUAGUAUAUAACUUGCGGACACACGAUUGGCUUUUAUCAUAAACUUCCAGGUCACGAAAGAAGUAUCGCUUAUGUCUAGGUGGAUGGCUAUCGAUCUGUACAUAAGAGAGAUUGAUAGCUUAAGAUUUGAACUGUCUAUGAAUCGAUGCAGCGAUAGAUUGUCAAGAUUGGCAGAUGAGAUUCUUGAAAAAGAAAUUUCUGCCCAAGAAGAUAUUGAAAGUUGGGGUACGAAUGUAGGAAGAAGCCAACCAAAAUUUCCAAACCAGCAGGGCUUAUCCCUACCCACUCAACUUCCACCUAGAGCUGACCUUCCCUUAUGUGCUGAAUGUGGUGAAUCACAGUAUCCUAAGCUUGAAGUUCCUGUGACAGAUUAUAUUCCACUCAGUCGCCAGGAUGUUCAAGGCAUUUCAAGUGAUGGAUAUGGCCCAAAUUUGCAAAUAAAGACAGGAAAUGGAAAUUCCGUCAACUCUAAUGGUUCUCAGCAAACUAUUACUCCACGAGGUUCUUCCUCCUCGAGUUCACAACUUCUGCUUCAGAAGAAACUACUUGCUGAUUCUCAGAUUGGGAGGACCAGCUUUCAGAAGCUAUUAGAACCAACUCCACCUAAACGAGCUGGAAUUGCUCCUUAUCGGAUUGUUCUUGGGGAAGUUGAGGAAAAGCUUUUGAAGACAAGAAGGCUUCUGGAACUUCUUCUUGAGGGUCUUCCUUGUGAAUAUGAUCCUUGGGAUUACUAUGAAACAUCAGACCAACUUUUGGAACCACUACUUCUCUGCUAUGAAUCUCUGCAUUCAUCUGAUUCCGGAGUUCUAGCUGAUGGCCGGCUUGCUGAUUUGAUCCGUAGAGUUGCUACUUUCGGCAUGGUUUUGAUGAAACUUGAUUUACGACAGGAAGCUGCAAAGCAUUCCGAAGCUUUGGAUACUAUUACAACAUACUUGGACAUGGGCACAUAUAGUGAAUGGGAUGAAGAGAAGAAGCUCGAGUUUUUGACAAGAGAACUGAAAGGGAAACGUCCUCUUAUUCCCCCAAAUAUUGAGGUCGGUCCUGAAGUGAAAGAAGUACUAGACACUUUCCGAGUUGCUGCUGAGUUAGGAAGUGAAUCACUGAGAGCUUACGUGAUUUCCAUGGCUUCAGACGCAAGUGAUGUCCUCGCUGUGGAACUUCUACAGAAAGAUGCCCGACUUGCCGUCAGUGGUGAUCUGGGAAGACCAUGUCCUGCUGGAACACUGCGAGUGGUUCCUCUUUUUGAAACGGUGAAAGACUUAAGAGGCGCUGGCUCCGUGAUAAGGAAAUUGCUUUCAAUUGACUGUUACAGAGAACACAUCGAAAAGAACCACACUGGACACCAAGAGAUAAUGGUUGGAUAUUCUGAUUCUGGAAAAGAUGCUGGUCGCUUUACUGCAGCAUGGGAACUAUACAAAGCCCAGGAGGAUGUCGUGGCUGCUUGCAAUGAAUUUGGCAUCAAAGUUACAUUGUUUCAUGGACGAGGAGGAAGUAUUGGCAGAGGUGGUGGCCCAACUUAUCUCGCCAUACAAUCCCAGCCUCCAGGUUCUGUGAUGGUGAGUUAAAUCCAUAAGCCGCUACACAUUUUCACCCACAUUUUCACAAGACACAAUGCAUAUAUUUUAGGUGUAACAACAUAAACAAUAAGGUUUCAAGAGGAACUAACCUUAAUCUACUUACUGCUAAUGAAACCGGGCAAACAAUACACUUAGCUUUUUUUAAGAGAGAAUUGAUGACACAAAAGCCAGGGAGGAGCUGGAGUUUGGGAAUGUCUACAAAACCAUAUCGCUUCUCCAUUUGCAUAAGCUAAGGGGGACUAAUUCUCUGCCAGAUUGUCCUACCAUACUCUGCUGCAGGACAAAUCUCUGCUCAAUUUCAACGUCCUACACUGAGACGCUUCUUGAGAUUCCAGUCAAAUUCUGUUCAGUUCAAUACUCAAAACUCAUCAUCAUGCUUGCAUUUUACACCCUCUCACAUACUAUUACAGGAUUCUCAGCCCUCUAUAAAACAUACAUUAGACAUCCACAAUUUCUCAAUCAAUUUGAACGAGGAGAGAUACAACAAAAGAGACAGAGGAUCAGUUGGAUAUGUGUGUUUGGAUUACCAGAUUGCAUGAUCUAGUGGCUAGGCUUCAGUCUUGUUGUGUUCCAUCAAGUGUCUUCUUGAAAUGCUAUCUAUACUACUUAAUUUUACUUAUUUGUCAUAUUUUCAAUAGUUUUUUUUAGUAAUUUUGUUUAUUUGUCA